AUUGCCCUUCUCUGCAGGUGAUUGCUUAGGAAACAGACCAAGACACAGCGUUAUAUAGCGUCUCUGACCAUCUGCGUUCUUGCCAUUUCGGUGCUUUCGGCUGGCUGCACAGCACAGCCACAGGAGAGCUAGCUCUCAUCACGGGCCAAAUCCAAGGGGGAUAUCGUAUUUCCUGUGCAUCGAUCGUUUGCUCAUUCACGAGCUCACAGACUCAGAGUCUCACAGGGAGAUCAAGGAGUCGGAGAAACCUCCUCUGCCUUGCAUGCCAGUGAGUGAGUGCGAGAGAUAGGUUCACUUCAGGGUGGUUAUUGGGGUGAGCACCUGAGCUGAUCAGCAGCCAUGGAGGGCGUCGGUGUUGGGGUUAGAAUUAGAGCGCUGCUCUGCUGCAUUGCGAUGGCGGCGAUGCUUCUCAGUUCCUACCAGCAAGGCCAGGCCGAGGCCUCUUACAUGCCAUGGCCGCCAGCUACGCCGCCGCCACCUGCUGCUGCCGCUGCCAACUCCACCUCCACCGCGGCGGCGAACAACUCGUCGUCGUCGUCGUCCACCACCGCGCCGCCGCAGCAGCCGACCGCCUUCCCCAUGUACGGCGUGACCCCCGGCAGCCUCCGGCCGCAAGAGUGCGGGGGUCGGUGCGCGUACAGGUGCUCGGCGACGGCGUACAGGAAGCCGUGCAUGUUCUUCUGCCAGAAGUGCUGCGCCUCCUGCCUCUGCGUGCUGCCGGGGACCUACGGCAACAAGCAGUCGUGCCCCUGCUACAACGAUUGGAAGACCAAGCGAGGAGGCCCCAAGUGCCCCUAGUUAAUUCUUUUUUUUUUCAUUUUAGCAGCAAAUUAAACCACCAUUGUUGAGGGAGGGAGGGAGGGAGGGAGGAAGGAAGCCGCCAUGGCUGCAAGCUUUUCAGCCUUUGCUCUGAGCUAAGGCACGGCCCUCAUGCAUCCAGAGUUUGUUGAAAUUCAGAUGCGACUCUCUGUGUUCUUUUCCUCUUGUUUUUUUUUUCUGUUCUUUUUGGGGUAUCUCUGCUAGAGUGGUUGUUUGUCUGUAUUGAUUUCGUGGAUCUUAAGGUAGAAGAUGAGUUGUCGAGAUGAAUUUUGAUCGUGAUGUGUUUCGAGUUUGUUUGUAAUUUGUAUGCAGUAUUGAGGAGUAAUUUGUAUGCUACUAUGGGUUCUUUUCUCUCA